CUAUAACGCCAAACGUAUCAUAUAUGAUACAUGAGUUUUUGAGACCUCCAAAUGAGCAGUGUGACAUUUAUUUCCCUAAAAAACCCGAUGUAUACAAUUAGACACAUGUAGUGCACUGAUAAUCCAACAGGGGGCAGUAACUUUCUCACCAGAGGCCUUUCCACUGAUACUACAAGACUGCCAUGGCAAAGGACUGGGACACAUGCGUUUUCAGCAGGAAAACUUUGCCAAUUUUAGAAGGCUAAGAUGGCAAAGACAUACACUGUUGAAGAUAUUCUGAAUAUGAUUAUGGAUGGGAAUUCAAGUGACAUCGAGCAGCUAGGGGAGGAUGAGGAUAAGGAAUGGACUCCUGCAAGGAUUGAGGAACACCCAGAUAGCGGAGAUGAUGAAGAAGAGGAAAACCCAGAUAAGGAUGAUGAUGAUGAAGCACCAGAAAUCCCAAAGGACAAAACACCAAAGCAGUCGGGAAAGAGCAAAGUGAAAAGGAAGGAGUAUCGCUGGGGAAAAAAACAGUUUGAAGCCCCGUCUCCUGAGUUUGUGGAACCUGUUGAGGAAGACUCUGAAGAGAGGCUUGACUGGACACCAUGUCAGUACUUCAAAUAUUUUGUGACUGAGGACAUGCUACAAGAAAUUGCAGAAGAAACAAACUUGUACAGUGUGCAGAAAAAUGGAAUGUCAGUUAACACAAAUGCCCAAGAAAUUGAGCAACUUCUGGGUAUGUAUAUGCACAUGGGGUUAGUACAGAUGCCCAACGUACGAGCUUACUGGGAGAUGGAGACAAGAGGANUCUANUACAUAGGCACAGUCCGAAUGAACAGGGUGAAGAAUUGCCAACUGAUGGAUGAGAAAGAACUGAAGAAAAAGGGAAGAGGGUCACUGCAUUUCAGAGUAAACCAGGAAAACGACAUCAUUGUGAGACGGUAUGACAACAAAGCUGUGAACCUGCUCUCUUCUUUUGUUGGUGUUGAACCACUGGGCAGUGUGAACCUUUGGGAUCGAAAAGCCAAAACCCACAUAAUGGUUCCCAGACCGGCCAUUGUUGACACUUACAACAGGUUUAUGGGAGGCAUUGACCUUCUUGAUAUGCUUUCUGCACUGUACAAGUUCAGCUUCAGAUCCCAAAGAUGGUACAUCUAUAUUUGGUGGCACACCAUCACAGUGGCAGUAAUCAAUGCAUGGAUCUGCUACAGAAGAGACCUGGAGAAACUGCAGCCCAGACAGAAACACCUGCCCCUGCGAAGGUUUCAGGCCUCUGUUGCCACUGCCCUCACAAGUGCACGAAAGGUCAAAAAGUGUGGCAGACCUUUGUCCUCUCCGGAAGCAACGCCAUCCCCUCCUAGGAGGAUUAAAACCUCUGAGUUGCCCCCUGAUGUGAGAAAGGAUGGCCUCAAUCAUUUCCCAACAUGGGAAACCCGACAGAGAUGCAAGCACUGUGUGGGCCACUUUGCCCAUGUGUUCUGCAUGGGCAUCAAUGUCAUGACCGACUUUGAGACCAAAGGAGUGAUAUUUGUGGCCGUGAGG